AUGUACACCCUCAUUAUUGAAUAUCCAUCCAUCCCUCACACCCACAACUCAGCCACCAGUCCAGUCAACUAUAAAACCUCACCCCGCGACUGUUGGUGGCCUUUCCUCAGAACAAUUUUUAAUGGGGACACAAAAGUUCGGACUUUGAGCCUCUCAUCCUCGGAUGACAGUGCGCCAGCUGAGAGGAUUCCGCGUUCCCGUCCCCUACACGAGCAGACUUCGAUUGCGACUAACAACAGUCCUGUCGUCCUGAUGGUUUCCUUUGACUGUCCACCCGAUCAGCCUUACUUAUAGAGGGAGGAAAUAUGCUAGGAACUUGCCUCGAUGGGGUUGCCUCAGCUUCCCCAUCUCGACGGCCCCACCCAUGAUGCUCCUCUUCCUGGGGCUGGUCUUGGGUGCUUUGAUGGUUGAAACCCACAUUUCCUUUCCGCUCUAUCUCUCCACUUCGUUGUAUUGUACUGUGUAGAUCUAUGAACUCGUUUUAUUCUCAAUUUUUCAAUGAUAACUACUCAUCAUUAUUGGCCCCAGUAUCUUUUCUGAACUUCCUUGUUGAGAAUACAAGUCUACACUCUGAUUGCUACAACCCACCAGCCAGAAAC